AUGACAGGCUUGGCUUCUAAAUGGGCUACAGAUGACUCUUUAGUUGAAGAAGCUAAGAAACAGGAUGAAAUUAAAAAUACUCCUGUGGAACAAAAAACAACACUGAUAGAAAGUAAAUGGAGCAAGCCAGUAACUGUUGGAAAGAAACAGACUUUGGUGAGUAAAUGGGCAGAUUCUCCUGCUGAAGAGACCUCAAAACCCCCAGUAGCUAAAGAAAGCCAUCACCAAGAACAUCUGACUCACAAACCGAGUAGGUCUAAAGAACCGAAUAGAUCUAAGGAAACAAACAGACCCAAAGAACCAAAGUCGUACAGAGAUCACUCGAAAGAAAAUCAACAUGCUGACAGUGGAGCCCAUACAAGACUGGGUAGAUCGCACGGACGAACGAAAUCAAGAGACGUUCAAUAUCUGGCUCCAGAAAUACCUGUACAAGAAAGAGGUCCAAUGACCAAUGCUGCUGAUGCAUUUGCUGCCAGAAUUGGUGUUCCAAGUAAACCUGUGAACCGUGUAGUUGAAGAGCACGUGGAAGAAGGUGAUGGUUUUGUCACUACGGAUGAAGAGGACGAGGAAGAAGAGAAUGAAGAAGAAUUAGAAGAAGUACCAGUCCUUUCUGCUGCACAAUUAAAGUCAGCUAAUGUACUUGCAUCAAGGCUAGGAGGGAUUUCAUUGAAAGAAAAUACUAUAUCAAAGAAAAACACUCCUGGUAGACAGACUCCUACAACUAAGAAUAAGCCAGAUACUAGAGGUGAUUCCAGAGAUAAGAACCGUAAAGAUGAAAGAGGAACCAAAUCCAAGUAUGAAACACCGCGACAGAAGAAAGAAAGAGACCAGCGUACUUCUCAGAAUGAGGAACGUAGACGUGCACAAUUGAACAAAGAGGCAGAGGAGAAGAAGGCUGAGCAGGAAAUGUUGAAAAUGUUGGAUAAACUAGAUGCCAAAGAGAUAGACUGGGUAGACUUUGAGUGA